AUGAAUACACGCUCUUUAUUACGACUGGGCCGCGUCGCCCGUCGCAGUUACAGUCCCCUCCAAACGGGCUUGUUGCGGAGCUUCUCGAGCUCCGCUCCUUCGCUAUCGAGCAGUCCGCCGCGGGCAUGGACUCCAACGCCAUUUGUGACGGAGACAGUGGGAGGCGGCUGGCAUACCUAUGACAUCUUCUCCAGAUUGUUGAAGGAACGAAUUAUCUGCCUCAAUGGCGAAGUCGACGAAUCCAUGUCCGCUUCCAUAGUCGCCCAACUCCUCUUCCUCGAAGCCGAUAACCCUCAGAAACCGAUCCACCUCUACAUCAACUCCCCCGGCGGAUCAGUAACAGCCGGCCUCGCAAUCUACGAUACAAUGUCCUACAUCGCCGCCCCCGUAAGCACCAUCUGCGUCGGCCAAGCAGCCUCAAUGGGCUCCCUCCUCCUCUGUGGCGGCCACCCAGGCAAACGCUACUGUCUCCCACACUCCUCGAUCAUGAUCCACCAGCCCUCCGGCGGGUACUUCGGACAAGCGACGGACAUCGCGAUCCAUGCGAAGGAGAUCCUGCGCGUGCGCGAGCAGCUGAAUAAGAUCUAUCAGAGGCAUUUGACAGGGAAUAAGAAAUGGAGUUUGGAUGAGAUUGAGAAGUUGAUGGAGAGGGAUUAUUUUAUGGGGGCGCAGGAGGCGCUGGAUAUGGGGAUUAUUGAUGAGAUUUUGGAUCGGAGGGUUAAGCCGGAGGAAGGUGAGGGGAAGCCGCCUGCUACAUAG